GGCAGCAACUCAUACACCAUGACAUGAAGUUGCGAUGUCCAUGUCCUUUGGGCAAUUCGACUUCGACAAUGCCCUCCAAAAUGUGUCUCAGGCAUAUCGAAGGGCCAGCCAGGUGGCAACAGAGGCUGCGAGCCAAGCCAGUCAGGCAGCCAGCCAGGCAGCAAGCGAUUUUGCGCUGUGGAGCGCAGGACAGGAACCAGAAGAGGAGUCUGAAAGCGAGCUUGAUGAGGAUCUUCCAGAAGUUGCGGCGGUGCGAGACCUGCUCCGCCCAGUUGCCUCAGUCUUGCUUGCUAGGCCAGAGCAUGCGGACCUCUUCAGCUACGUGCUGACAAGCAAAGAUGAAGUUGGAUCAUGUGCUGGCGAGAUGCUCUUUGGGCGACCCGAAGAUGGAGCUACCAUGACGAGGUUUUGGCUUCGUCGCAAGCCAUCGCAUGGAUUGCAGGUGGUGGCUGGCGGCUUGGAUCAAAGACCCAAUGAAGAAGAGCUACGGGAGGAGGAACAUGAGCAACAGAUCAGCGCGCACAGCGGUGACGCUUGGCUACGGAUUCUGAACCUCAAUGAUGAGCCCAGCAUUUUGGACUUUAAGGUGGAUGCUGCUCAUGGUUGUGCACCACAGGCUCUUCCAGAGGCCAUGGCGCUCUUUGCAGUUGCUCCAUAUGCAUUGGAGGUGCUGCUGCUUGCAGCCUUUGAUCAGCCGAAGUCUGCCCCCCGGCGACGAUCACGGCCCUCCACAGCCGCGUAUUUGACGUCAGCUCCAGCUAAAAAGACGUGCAGUAGCUCUCGUCGUGUUCGCCAUGCAGCGACGCAGCUUGUGCCCAGAAUCAUGGCGGUCCUGCGACGCAUUGUUGCUUUGAAGUCCAUGGAGCUAGGCGUCAAUGCUUUAGCUGAUCUGGACGGCUCGGUGAACGUCUUGCGAGUCGAUGCCAAGGUGCCUCUGGACUUCCAAGCGUUGGAUAAACAUUAUAAGCGUGUGGGAAAGCUCUUGAAACACUACGACUUGGUUUCGGUCAAAGCCUAUGACCACAAAACCGAUGCGUGCCUUUUCACCUUCUGUAUCCAGGAUGGUUGGAUCCAUGUCUGCUUCCAUUUGAUGGAGGGGCAGCUAGCAUGGCCUAGCGAAGGUACGAGAGCUGCUAUGCCACUGACCUUUGGCGAUGGCAUCAAGUUAGAUUUGGAAAUUCAGCUCUCGCUUCUUCUGAUGGGCCUCACGCUGCCCGCGGUAGCGCUACCGAAACUCUUUCUGGAAGUUGUUAUCACGGCUGGCAAUGUUCAAGUGGUAUGCCAAGAGGCUGGAGAAGAGGAAUCUUCAGAGUCUCACCAUCACGCCGAGACGGAUUGGAGCGCUCAGGUGAUGUCCAGCAUAUCUAGUGCGGCAUGGGCAGCAGCUGAGAGUGCGGCGAACCUCGCCUACGACUUUCAGCUACUAAGACGCUUGCUGAAAGAGAAGUUCUUUUUCAACUUGAGCUUCGAAAAGGGAUCAGAAAAUGCAUCAGGUGAAAGUGUUGCCAAAAUGCGGACUGCAAUGGAGCUUGCCAUCCCAAAGAGUGCAGCAGCUGAAGUGGUGACGCAGUGCUUGAAACAUUUUCUGACAGAGCAACUGAAGAAGAUGGAUUUGUUGACGCUUUUCCGGGACUUGUUGGAAGCUGUGGGCCAAGACUUGUCACGGUUGGCACUGUCGGAGGAUGCUUUGCGGGCAGCUGACAACAAGUCGGCCCAAACGAAACAAUUCCUUUAGCAAAAGAGC